GCCCAAUGCAUCUGCGUUCAUUGCAUUGACUUCCGUAAGGAAGCCUUGAAUUUUGAACAGUCAUGUUCUAUGUUAAGAUAGUUGUUGUUUGAAGAUGGAAUUCCUCUAGAGGAGGUUGAGGCGAUGGAGCGCACGACGACGCGAACAGGAAACUCGUUAGGAGGGGGUAGCGGCGACAGCACCGUUUCCAUAUGGGCUCCUGCGACGCAGUACGUCGGCCGACCCGUCGGCUGUAGUGGGGAAGCUGAGGGUAGGAGAUAGAGGAAGCAGUGGGAGGAAAAGGUAUCAAUGAUGACGGUCGGUCCGUGUAAGUGGCACGGGGUAAGCUCAAACAGCUGCGGCAUAAAUUUGCAAUAGAGAGAACUGGCUGAUCACCAGUAACUCUUUUGCCAAAUUCCAGCUAUUCGACUAUUACGGAGACUACAAAGUCUACGUCUUAAAAUUUACAUAAACAACAGCAAGAGACAACUGUUUACACAGAUUAGCUGUUUUCGCAGUCUCUUUCUCUUCCCUCUCGACAAUACUCCGCUAUGAAGCCCGUCCUCGCACUUCCUCUUACUCAAGAACUGUUCCAGUCAUACGGAACAGUGUUGGAUGUCUCAAGAGAUGAUGUUACUGUUAUAACUGCCAACAAAGGAAGUGCUCGAAAAUACCUCGGCGUGUCUGAAGCUCUCAACGACUACAGCCAGGCGUCUGUUCCUCACUGUACUGGUCGUUGGAACUUGUUCCAAAGUAAACCAACGGUACCAAUUGUUCCAGCUGGUCAGAUCAUGAUUCGUGUUGAUACAUUGGAACGGCAUCCAUACACGACCCAAACAUUUACUCCUAUGGGUAGAAGCGCGGACGAGCCCGCCUACCUGGUCGUCGUGGCCCCAAACGCCGACGAUGAUGGUCCUGAUUGGACGAAUUUGAAAGUAUUCAUUGCCUUCGGGACACAGGCAAUUACUUACGAUGCCAACGUAUGGCACUCGCCCAUGCUGACAAUCGGGAAGCCAACUGUGCUAACAGCUUUUAACUACGAAAAUGGCAUUAUGCAGGACGACUGCCAGGUAAAGACUACAAGCACUCCUGUCCCCGUCGUUACUAGUAACGAGUUGGAGGCUGCAAUCGAGUCUGCUAGCAAGUAACUGGCUCAUUCAUCUAGCCCAGACUAGACUCGCUUUUUCUCGCUAAAAUGUCGGUUGUGAGUUAACAACCGAGACAGUAGCGACUCGUCUCCUUUAGACGUGGUGGUGAGGAAAAGUUCAAGGGACUACCGACGACUGCGAUUUUCCUCUGAGAAGCAAACUCAUUUCCAAACCGUUCGAGU